AUGGCACAGUUCAAGUUUGAGACGGACCCUGUCGCGGACAGCGACGCGAUCAUAAUCGGGCUAAAUUACCGCUUCACAGUCAUCAACGACUUCGUUCUUCGCUACGAAUGGGCCGAAGACAACGUUUUCGAAGAUAGAGCCUCCACGUUUGCUAUCAACCGACGCUUCUUCCGAAAGCACAAACCUCUCAUCAAAGAAACAGAGCACCGACUCGAGAUCGUCACGCCGACUAUCCACGUCUCGUACGAUAAGAAGCGCUUCAGCCCCAAUGGCCUCACCAUUGAAGUUACACAUCAGACAACCAUGUGGGAGACUACAUGGCGAUUUGGAACAGAACCAGGUUUCAACCUUGGAGGGACGGCACGCACUCUCGAUGGUGUUGACGGCCGAUGCGAUAUGGGCUCUGGAGUCCUUUCUCGGGCGGGCUUCUCAGUCAUUGACGAUAGCAACAGCAUGCUGUUCGACGGAGAAGGGUUUGUCGCCCCGAGGAGACCGGGCGAUCGCAUGGACGGAUAUCUAUUCUCAUUUGGAAGCGAUUUCAAGGGCGCCAUGAAGGCCUUCUUCGACAUCUCCGGACGCACUCCACGACUUCCUCGAUGGUCACUCGGGAACUGGUGGAGUCGAUUCCACAAGUACACGGCUGAUUCAUAUAUCGAACUGAUGGACAAGUUCCGCGACAAGGGCAUUCCGCUAUCCGUUGCCGUCAUGGAUAUGGACUGGCAUUUGGUUGAUGGGAAUGAGGUGCCUCAUUCGGGCUGGACCGGCUACACCUGGAACAAGGAGCUUUUCCCUGACCCGAAGGCAUUCGCCGAUGCACUGCAUCAACGGAACCUCAAAAUGACGUUGAACGACCACCCGCAUGUCGGUAUCGCACAUCACGAGGAGCAGUAUGAAGAGAUGGCCGCCUUCCUCGGGCAUGAUACAUCUGAGAAGACAACAAUUCUCUUCGACCCAACAGACCCCAAAUUCAUGGAAGCCUUCUUCAGCAUCCUUCACCGCAGCCUGGAGAAAAAGGGUUGCGAUUUCUGGUGGAUUGACUGGCAGCAAGGCCCCUACUCCAGUGUCCCUGGUUUAGACCCUCUCUGGCUCCUCAACCACUUCCAGUUCCUCGACCAGAAGCAAACUGAUGGAGAGAACCGAGCUCUUGUUUUCUCCCGCUACGCUGGCCCCGGUAGCCAGAGGUACCCCGUCGGCUUCUCUGGAGAUUCCAUUGUCACUUGGGACUCGUUGCGCUUCCAGCCUGAGUUCACGGCCACCGCUUCGAACGUCGGCUACGGUUGGUGGUCGCACGAUAUUGGUGGCCACAUGCAUGGCUGUCGAGACGAUGAGCUGGUUGCCAGAUGGGUACAGCUAGGUAUCUUUUCACCCAUCAUGCGCCUGCACUCUUGCGAUACUCCGUGGGGAUCCAAGGAGCCCUGGAACUAUAGGCCAGCCGCGGAGCGCGUGAUCACUUACUUCAUGCAGCUCCGUCACAGGCUGAUCCCCUACCUCCACACUCUGAACACCAAGUUCGCUGAAGAUGCCGAGCCACUCGUUCAGCCUCUCUACUGGAAGUUUCCGUCGAGGAAGGAGGCCUUUAUAUACCCCAAUCAAUACUUCUUUGGUCCAUCCCUCGUUGCGGCCCCUAUCGUCGACCCAGCCAACUUAAAGACGCUUCACGCGCCUGUCAAAGUCUGGCUCCCACCAACAGCAGCUCGCUAUAUCGACAUUUUCACUGGAACCGUCUAUGAUAGCAACAGAGAGAUCCAACUAUGGCGCACUCUGACGAACAUGCCAGUGCUUGCACCUGAGGGCUCCAUCAUCCCCCUGGACGCUGCGCAAAUCCCGAUGAAUGGCGGAAAGAACCCCACAUCAUUCGAAAUUCUGGUGGUUGUCGGCCAAGAUGGCAUGUUCACGAUUAUUGAGGAUCCUAGGGAUGACUGCUCUGAAGACAGCGGCGCGGGCUUGGAGCGGUCUAUCAACAUUCAAUGGAGUCAAGAGUCAGGUCAACUGACCAUCGACAAGCCAGGCGGUCGAGAAUGGACAGUCAGAUUCAUGGGUGUUCUUGAGAGCGAGAUCGGGUCUGGAGUCAAGGUGUUGAUCGGGGACUCUGAGACAGACCAGGCAAGCGUCAGCCUGUCUGCUCGAGAUCACCUAUCUGCUGGGCUUCUGGUGCAGAUACCGGUCGCUGCGUUUUAUACGGGACAUAGCAAAAUGAUGAUCCGGUUCGCUCAACCUCCUCGAAUAAGUCGUGUUGACUUUACGGAGCAAUUCCGAGAUCUGGUGUUAGACUUCCAGAUCGAGUUCGCUCUGAAAGACCCGGUAUUUGCUAUCCUAACGUCAGACAAACCGUCCGCGGUCAAGGUCGGUGAGCUACUCAGCUUUCCCUGCGAGGAAGCUGUGAGAGGGCCUCUGUUGGAGCUUUUGGUGGCUGACAGUCGAACAAAUUGA